UCCCCGGCUCGUUCGCUGACGCGUCGUCGUCGUCUUCGUCGUAGACGUUGGUUGGGGAGGGGGGCGGGAGGCGGGAAGGCAGCGGAAUCGGGAUGAACAGCGGCGGCGGCGGCGGCUUCGGCUUGGGUUUAGGCUUCGGCCUUAUCCCUACGGCGGUGAUUCAGGUGACGAACCUGUCGUCGGCGGUGACCAGCGAACAGAUGAGGACGCUUUUUUCCUUCUUAGGAGAAAUCGAGGAGCUGAGGCUGUACCCGCCGGACAAUACACCUCUUGCUUUUUCCUCCAAAGUAUGUUAUAUUAAGUUUCGUGACCCAUCAAGUGUUGGUGUGGCCCAGCAUCUAACUAACACGGUUUUUAUUGACAGAGCUCUGAUAGUUGUUCCUUGUGCAGAAGGUAAAAUCCCAGAAGAAUCCAAAGCCCUCUCUUUAUUGGCUCCUGCUCCCACCAUGACAAGUCUGAUGCCUGGUGCAGGGUUGCUUCCCAUACCAACGCCCAACCCCUUGACCACACUUGGUGUUUCACUUAGCAGUUUGGGAGCUAUACCAGCAGCCGCACUAGACCCCAGCAUUGCCACACUUGGAGAGAUCCCACAGCCACCACUCAUGGGAAAUGUAGAUCCUUCUAAAAUUGAUGAGAUUAGGAGAACAGUCUAUGUUGGAAAUUUGAAUUCUCAGACAACGACAGCUGAUCAACUACUUGAAUUUUUUAAACAAGUUGGAGAAGUGAAGUUUGUGCGGAUGGCAGGUGAUGAGACUCAGCCAACUCGGUUUGCUUUUGUGGAAUUUGCAGACCAAAAUUCUGUACCAAGGGCCCUUGCUUUUAAUGGAGUUAUGUUUGGAGACAGGCCACUGAAAAUAAAUCACUCCAACAAUGCAAUAGUAAAACCCCCUGAGAUGACACCUCAGGCUGCAGCUAAGGAGUUAGAAGAAGUAAUGAAGCGGGUGCGCGAGGCUCAAUCAUUUAUCUCAGCAGCUAUUGAACCAGAGUCUGGAAAGAGCAAUGAAAGAAAAGGCGGUCGAUCUCGUUCCCAUACUCGUUCAAAGUCCAGGUCUAGCUCAAAAUCCCAUUCUCGAAGGAAAAGAUCACAGUCAAAACACAGGAGUAGAUCCCAUAACAGGUCGUGCUCAAGACAGAAAGACAGACAUAGAUCUAAGAGCCCACACAAAAAACGCUCUAAGUCAAGGGAGAGGAGGAAGUCAAGGAGUCGCUCACAUUCACGGGACAAGAGAAAAGAUACACGAGAAAAGACCAAGGAAAAGGAAAGAGUGAAGGAGAAAGAUAGAGAAAAGGAAAGGGAAAAAGAGAGAGAGAGGGAAAAAGAACGUGAAAAAGAAAAGGAACGGGGCAAAAACAAAGACAAAGACCGGGAAAAAGAACGAGAAAAGGAUCGAGAAAAGGACAGAGAGAGAGAGCGAGACAAAGAGAAGGAAAAGGAGCAGGACAAAGACAAGGACAGAUCCAAAGAGAUAGAUGAUAAAAGGAAGAAGGAUAAAAAAACCAGGACACCACCCAGAAGUUACAAUGCAUCGAGAAGAUCUCGUAGUACCAGCAGGGAAAGGCGGCGGAGGAGGAGCAAGAGUUCUUCUAGGUCACCAAGAACGUCAAAACCUGUCAAAAGGAAAUCAUCUCGAUCUCCAUCCCCUAGGAGCAGAAACAAGAAAGAUAAAAAGAGAGAAAAAGAAAGGGAUCACAUCAGUGAAAGAAGAGAGAGAGAACGUUCCACAUCCACCCGAAAGAGUUCUAAUGACAGAGAUGGCAAGGAGAAGGUGGAGAAGUGCAGUACUCCAGCUAAAGAAAAGGAGCAUGGUAAAGAAGUAGAUUCCACUGUGAGCAAAGAAGCAGAUGAGAAAGAUGCUCCAAGGACUGAGGAGAACAAGGUCCAGCAGAAUGGGAGUUGCCAGCCCAGUGAAGAGAGUCUCUCUACCAAAACAGAAGUGAUAUAGGACUUCUGAGGCCCUUCUCCCUUCUUCGCUGGAAUAAUUCCAAAGUUUCAAUUCUUUCAACAAGAUGUGAAUAGGGAAGAAACCUAAUUGAGUGUAAACAUGGGAACUAACAGUUUUUCCACUGGUUAGGUGACAUUGUGGACAUCUUGUUACUGAGCAUGGACAUCAUGAAAAUAACAGAUGUUACCCAAACACUUCAUCUUCUAAAGUCUGUGCAUUUCCAUGGUGGCUGAUGCACUUGUCAUUGUGAUUCACUAGUGUUUGCCAAGAAGCAUGGCAAAUGAAUUAAACAUCAAAAGUCCUGAUUUUGACUGUCCUUAAAGACUGGAGAUAAGCAUUGGAGGCUCUUUAAAAAAAAACAAAAAAAAAAAACACGCUAGUUACUGAAUUUUGUAUUAUUUUACUUUUUUAAAGUUUUUUUUCAAUAUAUAUGGUUUGAUGAUGUGCUUGAAAUUGUUGCAAAUAUACACACCCUUGUAAAAGUGCAAAGUAUGUAAGAAGUUUUAACAUUUACUUCACAGGACUUAUGGUGAUUGUGGUAAAUUCUCACUAUUGUGUUUUCUUUGCUCACUGUUUAGGACAGCAGUAUUUCUUUGAAAUAGUUUUACAGAUUAAAAUUGCUUAAAUAAGUGGAUCAAAAACAACUGACAAUGCAUGCUACUGUUCUUUUUCACAAGGAAGAGCAAUUGUGUUGAGUACUAAUAUCAUUUUAGCAUUCGGUUUUAGAAUCAUUGGGUCUACCCAUAAAGAAAGCAUUUCUUUUUGAACUUUGACAUUUCCGAGCUUCUGUGAAUAAUGCUGCAGUGUGUGUUAGCCGUAGGUGGCAAAGACGCCUUCUCAAGGAGUCGGGGUCUGCAAGGUGAGCUGUGGGGGCGCAAGCUGGGGCUUUGCUGCCUUUUACAACGGGGGCCCAUUUUAUAUGUGUAAUCACACUUGAGUCACACACAAUCUUGAUGGGUAUUCUAUUCAUACCCAUAGUGAAGUGUGCUUACUUAAUUCACCUAAUUGGGAAGUCCUGUUUCCAAGACUGGUUUUAGAGUUUAAAAUGACAGUGCAGUUUUGGGACCAUCAUUUUUAUACUGUGAUAAUUGAAAAUGAAACAUGCUCUUACUUUAAGUCAAAGGAAACAUUUUUGUUGACUGCGUUGGAUUGUUGGAUGGCCUUAAUUGUUACCUCUGACUCAUUUUCUCAUAAUGAUGUAAAGAAAUUAUACUUAAAAGAAGUAGGAGUAUCCAGGAGCUUAUUUGUUCUGUGUUUAAAGAUGUGCUUACUUGAGUUUAAAAUAUAGGUCAUCCAUCAUUCUUAGGCUCAACUUCUUACAGAAGGUAGGUAAGUAGUAAAAUGACAACAGUGUUAAUUUCUCUCCCAAAACUAUAACUUGUAGUAUAUGAACUCUUCAUUAUUACUAAAUUUCCAAAAAAGUAAUACUUUUAAUUAGCAUGUUACUAAAAAAGAUCAGGUAUAAUUAUUUUAAUGAAAUCUAUAAUACAAUCAAAUUACUCAGUUGCCUUACCUCAUAAGAAGAGUUGUUAUAGAUUUAAAAAGCUGAGUAGCACUUUAGUUACUUGGCUUCAACUUGAGUUUGGUUUUAAUGUUAAUACUGUUGCAACUUUUUAGUAUUUGGUGAAGAAUGGGAAAAUCCCUUUUGGAAGUAACAAAGCCUGAUUUGAUUAUGAAGCUGCUUAAUCAUCUUCAAGAGUUCAGAAUUACUGUGUAUGUUUUUAUUUUUAUCACUAUGUACAUUAAAGGUUUGGAAACUGCUUUACUAUGUAAAGUAUAGGUGGUCAUUUUAGUCAUUUAGCCACAUACAGUUGGCUGGUAAACGGCUUACUCUGAUGCAAGAAUGCUUGGGCACACAGGGAAAGAGUAUGAAGGAGUGUGUGUCUCGCUUCAACAGCUGUCUUAUUUAUGAUAUCUAAGUAGAAUAGAGCAAAUGUUUGAAUCUUUGUUAUUUUUAGUACCGUUUCUCUAAUAAAGCCAAGUAUUUUAGAGGAAAGAAUUUGUUUAUGCAUUUCACAAAGCGUCUUCAGUUUCAUCCUGCUUUUGUGUUUGGCUUCACGAUUGUUUUGACACAAUAGAUGCACAUUUUGUAGUGCCUAUAAAACAGUCUUUUAAAAUGUUUUCUUAUACUCUGGACUCUUAUUAAAAAUGUUUUUUAUGUUGGAAAUUAA